AGUAAGUCAUAUGCGUGAUGCAGCCCCGGUUUAUAUCAUCAGUUGACAAAGCAAAUUAAAUUUGUCAUGAUCUGUUGGUGAAAUGAAAACUUGCAGAUUCAGUGGUCAAAACAAGGUGAUGGAUGGAGAAUGACAAUGGACACUUGGAGGCAGUGAGCGGGAGAAACGUGCAGAGACAGGGAAAGCCAGAUUUGUACUAAUCUGGUAAACAGGAUUAACGCCUCUUAAGGUCUUGUCACCCGCAGGGAGAGAGUAGAUGAGAACUGAUGGUGCUGGAUUUGUUGGAUGUAGUACUGAAGUACACUUUGUACUGUCAACUAAACAGGACUGGAACAACUACAGGUGGACACCAUGAACUAUGUGGGGCAGCUGGCGGGCCAGGUGUUGGUGACGGUUAAGGAGCUGUAUAAAGGGAUCAAUCAGGCCACGCUGUCAGGCUGCAUUGACGUGAUCGUCGUCCGACAGCCCGAUGGGACGUUCCACUGCUCUCCUUUCCAUGUCCGCUUUGGAAAACUGGGAGUGCUGCGCUCCAGGGAGAAAGUGAUUGACAUUGAGAUCAAUGGCGAGCCCGUGGAGCUACACAUGAAGCUUGGAGACAACGGAGAAGCCUUUUUUGUUCAGGAGACAGAGAAGUACAAUGAGGUUGUUCCCGCCCACCUGGUGACCUCGCCCCUCCCCACAGAAGAGGUUCUCACCAGGACCAGAGAGUCCAGAUGUGGGGCAUCAGCAGGGACCAAUCAGCCUCCCGUCCCAGGGGAUGCAGCUUCUGGAAACCUCCAUAUCUGCUCCAAUUCAGCCGGAAAGAAGAAGAAGAGACGCAAGAAGAAGCACAAAACUGAGCCACGUAAGGAGGAGCAAAUGGGCGGGGAGCCGGAGCUGUGUGACAUGAGUUCGGAUGAGGAGCAACAUGCACAAAGUGGACGAGAAUCGUCACUGUUAAUGGUGAAGGACAACAUGGAGCAAAGGCAGCCUUCUCCUCUCUCCACCCUCGAGUGGGACAGCUACCCUUUCUCUGACGGAGACUGGUCUCCCUGCACGAUGGAUGUUUCUGAGCCCAUGUCGCCCAAAAGUGACUCGGAGUUGAUGGUGAAGCCGGGGGAGAGCAUGCUCAGGGCCGACUCUCACAUGCAGUGGAGCUGGGGGGAGUUUCCAGAAUCUACCAGGAUCCACAAAAAGGACAAAUCAGAGCCAAAGAAGUUGACCAUUACUCCCUCGGAGAACACACAUUUCAGGGUUAUUCUGAGCUCUGAAGCCAUGGAGGAAGAGUCAGCAGCAGGUCAGAGGACUUCGGAGCCCAUUUGCCAUAUUGUAAAACCAGAGCCACGGACCCUCAAACCUGAUCAGGGCAGCUGCAGCCUGGAGGCCCCUGAAGCGCCAUCAUGUGAUACAAACAUUACCGACGCCCUGCCGGACAUCACAAAUAUGAUGCCGUGCAGCUUCUCCUGUGAGCCAUGCCCUAGCCAUCCCGACACAGAUGAAAAAAACGCACGCAAAACCAGAUGGACAUCUUCACCGCCAAGUCGCAGGAACAGCAUCACCGCUGCCAGCCGAGGAGGCAAAGAGGCUGGAGACUCUGGAGCUGGUUGUUCUGACGCAAGAGCCUCGUCUAAAGUCACUGACUCACCCAUGAAGAGGAAAGUUGUGAGGAAGAGGAGCCAGCAUCAGGGGCCUGAAGAUAUUUACCUGGAGGACCUGAAUGCUCUUGAGCCCGAUGUUGCAGCUCGCUACUUCCCCAAAAGUGAGUCUGAGCAGGUUUCUAAACACUGGGUGGAGACCGGGCAGAGCUCUGGAUCCCAGUCGCCCCAGUCAGUGGGCAGCGCAGCAGCAGACAGUGGGACCGAGUGUCUGUCCGACUCUGCUGGGGACCUGCCGGAUGUCACACUGUCACUUUGUGGCGGUGUCGGUGAGAACUCAGAGAUCUCAAAAGAAAAAUUCAUGGAGCACAUGAUCACUUACACUGAAUUUGCAGAAAACCCAGCAAUUAUCGACAAUCCCAACUUGGUUGUCAAAAUAGCAAACCGAUAUUACAACUGGACUCUGGCGGCACCACUUAUACUUAGUAUGCAAGCUUUCCAAAAGAACUUGCCAAAGGCUACAGAAGAGGCCUGGGUCAAGGAAAAAAUGCCCAAAAAGUCUGGACGCUGGUGGUUCUGGAGAAAGAGCAGCACAAAGCAGCUAUCAUCUGAGACCAAGCUGGAGAGGCAGGAGUCACUGAGCGGAGAGAGCCCUGCCCUCCACCAGGCCCCAGAAACACCGAAGAAAGUUGCAGAAUGGUCCAGUGACGAUGAGACCAAAGAGCUGAAUGCAGCAGCACCCGCUCUGACGCCCACUGAGCGCGUGCAGAUGGAGGGCUCAGCAACAGCACCGUGUCACUCUUACAAGAAAUCUCUUCGCUUGUCAUCUAACCAGAUAGCCAGCCUGAAGCUGAGAGACGGCCCAAACGACGUCACCUUCAGCAUCACCACCCAGUACCAGGGGACGUGCCGCUGCGAGGGAACCAUCUACCUGUGGAACUGGGACGACAAAGUCAUCAUCUCUGACAUCGAUGGCACCAUCACCAAAUCAGAUGUGUUUGGCCAGAUUCUGCCUCAGCUUGGCAAAGACUGGACUCACCGGGGAAUUGCAAAACUUUACCACUCAGUCCACGAGAACGGCUACAAAUUCCUGUACUGCUCGGCCCGAGCCAUCGGCAUGGCUGACAUGACUCGGGGGUAUUUGCACUGGGUGAACGACAGAGGGACUCUCCUCCCUCAAGGACCCCUCAUGCUCUCUCCCAGCAGCCUUUUCUCUGCCUUCCACAGAGAGAUCAUUGAAAAGAAGCCAGAGAAGUUCAAGAUUGAAUGCCUGACAGACAUCAAGAACUUGUUCCUCCCAAACACUCAGCCCUUCUACGCUGCCUUCGGAAACAGAGAGAGCGAUGUAUUUGCUUAUAAGCAAGUGGGUGUGCCUGUGUGCCGCAUAUUCACAGUCAACCCCAAGGGGGAGUUGAUCCUGGAGCAGGCCAAAGGCAAUAAAACAUCAUACAGCCGGCUAAGUGAGCUGGUGGAACAUGUUUUUCCUCUACGCAGCACACAACACAACGCCUCCUUCAGCUGCCCGGAGUUCAGCUCCUUCUGUUACUGGAGACAGCCCAUCGCUCAGGUGUGCUUCGAGGAGCUGCUGUAACUCAAAGACGGGACGUAUCGUACGAGAUUAUGCACUGAUUUCGCUCUCAAUGGUGUAGCCUGCUGGAAUAGUUUGAUAUUUUUUUGGCAUAUUAUUCUGAUUUAGUGGGAGUCUUGGAAUAUGAACGUAUGAACGUAUUCCACACACUUAAAACACUCCAUAAUGUCUCUAUAAGUGUUUAUUCCAUCAUACACUUCCAGAAAAUACGUUUGAAGACUUUUGCUGUAUACAAAGUCCAUAAGUGCAACCACUAUUGUCCUAAACAUUUGCACAGUUUAACUUGACAUAUGUUUAGUAUUAUGCUUUUUGCCAGCUUAUGAGAGAUCUGUCGAACAUACAUAUUAUCUCCGGAGCAGAUGUGGGAUUCUCCCUUUAAGGCCUUAUUUGUCAUUGAAUGUAAAUUGCCCUUAAGUUAAAAGAUUUGCACUAAUAUGCAAAGAAGAUGUGAGAUAAUGUGUUCAGUACACGACUGCAUCACUGCGGUGCAGUUAACAGAAAGUAGAGACUGCUGCUAUUUGCGAUCAGACUCAAAGUAUUACUUUAUUUUUGAUGAAUUUCGGUUCUCUGGUGCCGUUUGUUGCCAGAUGUUGCCGUCUUGAGAGCUGUAGGAUUUUAAUGUUUGCCUGUUUUUUGUAGUGUCUCAACACUCAGUAAUAACCCUCUAAAAUCAACUCCAUUCUUUCUAUGAAAGUGAUGAUCUUUCUCUGAUGAGAACACACAGUAAGUUUUACUAGUUUAUGAAGUUAAUUUUUGCUCUGAAGUUUGAAGAAUCUUUGCUGCUGCAGUUCUCUUAGAUGUAACUAGAAACAGAUGAUUACUCUCAAGAAAAGAGAAACUGUUUACACCGAACCAUGUGAGGAGAGUCAUUUUGAUAAACUGUCAAAUCUAUAGAUCUACUGUCCGUGUAUUCUAUGCACUUAAUGUCUCUAUAGUAUUGUAUUGAUAAACAGUGAAAAAGUGAUUAUAUAUUGAAGGAUACGUCAAUAAAAAGACUAUUUAAAACUACAAUCAAA